GAGAAGAAUGGGUCUGAGAUGUUCAAGUAAAUGAAUGGAGGCUUCCACGAAAUGUGCAAAACGAAAAUCAUAAAUAAAGAAUGACUCACAUACUAAUGGCAACUAACUAUAUAGAGAAGGAAGAUUGUUGAGCUGUGAUUUAAAGAAAAAAGAGGCUAAAUUUCAGUCAACGGUAUUUGUUGAUUCAUCUUUUGGAUUCUUUGAAGCUCAGAAUCAUGUCUGAAAUUGUUAAAGAAGCUUGGAAAAAAUAUCUAACUCAACUGCAACUCCAUCCUCUUAGAACCAAGGCAAUCACUGCUGGAGUUUUAGUUGGGAGCAGUGAUGUAAUUGCUCAGAAGAUAUCUGGGGUCAAAAGGCUUCAAGUCAAAAGAAUACUUCUUCUAAUGCUCUAUGGAUUUGCAUAUUCAGGACCAUUUGGGCAUUUCCUGCAUAAAUUGAUGGAUGUGAUUUUUCAAGGAAAGAAGGGUAAUACAACAGUUGCUAAAAAGGUUUUGUUGGAACAGUUGACCUCAUCUCCUUGGAACAACUUCUUUUUUAUGAUGUACUAUGGCUUGAUCGUUGAAGGGAGGCCAUGGGGUCUUGUCAAAAACAAGGUUCGAAAGGACUAUCCCUCUAUACAGCUAACUGCGUGGAAGUUUUGGCCAAUAGUUGGCUGGAUCAACUAUCAGUACAUGCCCCUGCAGUUACGUGUUCUGUUCCACAACUUUAUUGCUUCAUGCUGGUCAGGCGAUUUUCUUGAACUUGAAGGCAAGAUCAGUAACAGCUAAGAAGGACUAAAUCAAGCUGAUGAAGGGUUCAUAUGCAUUUCCUCCCCUUUGCCAGUAGUUAAGGAUUGAGUUUUAACUUUCACGGUCAUAUUAGUUGUGUUCAGUAGAUUCUUCAAUUUCAAAGUUUUGACUAACUUUGAUGAGACAACUACAUUAUGUUAAACUUUUCCUAUGUUUCUUGUGAGAGAAGUUUGCUUGGAAACUAUGGUAUAUGUAUUGCAGCAUGAUUUCAUUCUGAACUUAUUCAGAGUUAUCAAAAUAUGGUGGAUAUCUACUCUUUCUCCAUGA